AUGACUAGACUAAGUGGUUUUUUGUCUAGGCAAUUAUUAAAUACUAAUACUAGAAUACUACAUCAUAAAAAAUUUCCAUACAACUUUGUUAGACACAAUUCAAUUAAUACAUCAUCAUCAUCUACAACAUGGCCAGACCUUUUAGAUUCCGAUUUAAAACAAGAUCCACAAAGUGGUUUAAAACAACCAGAUUAUAUAAAAUUAAUUUUAACUUCAAGAGUUUAUGAUGUUGUACCUGAAGCUGGUACACCUUUAACUCAUGCUAUAAAUUUAUCUCAUAGAUUAGGUACAAAUGUAUUAUUAAAACGUGAAGAUUUAUUACCAGUUUUUUCAUUUAAAUUAAGAGGUGCUUAUAAUAUGAUUGCAAAUUUACAUUCUCAUGCCAAUCAGCCAAUGUCUGGAGUCAUUGCAUGCUCAGCUGGUAAUCAUGCUCAAGGUGUUGCUUAUUCAGCAAGUAAGUUAAAUAUACCUGCAACUAUAGUUAUGCCAACUGCAACCCCCUCUAUCAAAUUUACCAAUGUUUCAAGAUUAGGUUCUCAAGUUGUAUUAUAUGGUGAUGAUUUUGAUUCAGCAAAGCAAGAAUGUGCAAGAUUAAGUACUGAAAAUAAUUUAAUUAAUAUUCCACCAUUUGAUCAUCCAUAUGUUAUUGCCGGUCAAGGAACUUCAGCAUUGGAAAUUACAAGACAAUUAAGAUUAGAUAAAUUAAAUGCUUUAUUUGUACCUGUUGGUGGUGGUGGGUUAAUUGCUGGUGUUGCAGUAUAUUUAAAACAUAUUGCUCCACAUGUUAAAAUUAUUGGUGUUGAAACUCAUGAUGCAAAUGCUCUAUAUACUUCAUUAAAAGAAAAGAAACAAGUUCAAUUAGAUAAGGUCGGUCAAUUUGCAGACGGUACAGCAGUCAAAAUUUUGGGAAAUGAAACUUGGAGACUUUGUAAAGAAUACGUUGAUGAGGUUGUUUUAGUUGAUACCGAUGAACUUUGUGCCGCUAUAAAGGAUAUUUUCGAAGAUACAAGAUCAAUUACUGAACCAUCAGGUGCAUUAUCAAUUGCUGGUUUGAAGAAAUACAUAGAGUUACAUCCAGAGAUCAAUCAUAAAGAUAAAACUUAUGUACCAAUAUUAUCAGGUGCAAAUAUGAAUUUUGAUAGAUUAAGAUUUGUAAGUGAAAGAGCAGUUUUAGGUGAAGGUAAAGAAGUUUCAUUAGCUGUGACCAUUCCAGAAAGACCAGGUGAAUUUGCAAAAUUACAAAAAAUCAUAUAUCCAAGAGCAAUAACUGAAUUUUCAUAUAGAAGUAGUGGAGAAAAAAAUGCCAAUAUUUUUGUAUCUUUCAAUGUCAAUGAUAUGAAAAAAGAAAAAUCAGAAAUUAGUCAAGCAAUGGUUGAUGCAGGAUUUGAAGUUGUUGAUAUUUCAAAUAAUGAAUUAGCAAAAUCGCAUGGUCGUUAUUUAGUAGGUGGAAAAUCUCACAAAAUAUCAGAUCAUGAAAAAUUAUAUCAAUUUGAAUUUCCUGAAAAACCAGCAGCAUUAUUUAACUUUUUACAAGCUUUGAAAAGUGAUUGGGAUAUAAGUUUAUUCAAUUAUAGAAAUCAUGGUCAUGAUAUUGGGAAAGUCUUAUGUGGGUUUAUAUUACCUGAAGGUUCAGAAGAUGAUUUCCAAGAAUUUUUGAAAAAUAUCGGAUACACAUUUGUUGAUGAAUCUGAAAAUGUAUUUUAUAAAAAGUUUUUAAGAAAUUGA